AUGGAGGGAGCAUUAGCUUGUGGACGUCAAUGGCCUGUUAUACGGAUAGCGGGUGGUGUGAAUGCCCAGCGUGGGGAAUGGCCGUGGCAAGUCAGUCUCCAAUAUCGCGACCAGCAUUUCUGCGGAGGAAGCCUCAUUGGUGAUCAAUGGGUUCUCACUGCUGCCCACUGCUUUUAUGAGGUUGGGAAAAAAAUCUCCCCUGCCGACUGGAAAGUGGUGUUGGGGCGCCUGAGGCUGACAGGGAGGAGGGCGACCGGAGUAGAACGGAACAUCUCCACAGUCAUCCCCUACGAAAACUACACCAACUACGAGGCGGGCCACGACAUCGCCCUGGUGCGCCUGGCCAGGCCUGUGAACUACACCAGGGACAUCGCGCCCAUCUGCCUGCCCUUUGCUGAGCACCGCUUCGCCUUCGGGACCCAGUGCUGGCUGAGCGGCUGGGGAGACAUUGCUGCCAAUGUCCACCUGCCAGACCCCAAGACCCUUCAAGAAAUGACCAUGGACCUCUUGACCGUUGACACCUGUAACUGCAUUUACAGCAAUCUGCGGAACAGGCGGAUCGUCAACCCUGCCUUGCCUGGCAUGGUCUGUGCCAUGACUCCUGACCGCAAGAGAGGACCUUGUAAGGGUGACUCAGGAGGCCCGCUGGUUUGCCUGGAGAACGGCCGAUGGUUCCAGGCAGGGAUCAUGAGUUUCUCCAUGGGUUGUACCCAAUUCUAUGGACCCACCCUCUUGACGGAUACAAGAGCCUAUGCCAGCUGGAUCCAGCGCCAUGUCGAAGGGGCCUCCUUUGCCAAUCAGAUUGAGCCCAUACCGAAUACCACGGACAGUUACAUGUGCACAGGCUGUGGGGUCCUGAAACAAGAGAACGGACUCAUGCCUUGGUAUGUGAGCCUGCGGUAUCAGGGACAGCAUGUCUGCGGAGGCACUUUGAUUGCGGAAGACCGGAUUCUGUCUGCUGCCCAGUGCUUCAUUGGGCGUCAGGAAACCAAGGGCUGGGAGGUAUUUCUGGGAGAGCAGCUAGAAGGAGGGAAGCAAACAUGGCAGGAGAACAGAACUCUCCAAAGCAUUGAUCUACACGGUGCCUACGUUAACAUGUUGGAAGGUUACGACAUCGCAAUAGCCACGCUGGCAAGUCCUGUGGUGUUCAGAGACAGCAUCCGGGCCAUUUGUGCCCCAUACGCUGCCCACCAGUUCCCUUUUGGCUCUACCUGCUGGACCCGUGGACGGAGAAUUGAUGACCAUGGGAAGGCAAGCCCUCUGCAAAGUGUGGAGGUAAAAAUCCUUGGCCCAAAUAAUUGUAACUGCCUCUAUAACAUGUCCAGCAAUCCUGGGAGUAAAAUUUCCAUCAAGUCUGAGAUGAUAUGUGCAGCACCAUAUAAAACAACCAUGCAUUGUGAGGUGAGCAUCGGAGACCCCUUGGCUUGCAACCACCACGGGAUGUGGUUCUUGGCAGGCAUUUCCAGCUUUGGAAGUGGGUGUGGAACUGUGAUCCGUCCAGGGGUUUUCACAUCCGUCAAGAACUAUGACGAGUGGAUCAUGCAGACGGCCUGGUCCGCUUACUACAAUGUGCAGAAGCCUCCCGCUCCAAAUGCCACAGAUGAAGAUACUUGCCUGUAGCUUCCUUGUAACGACCAGCAAGCCCACGAACCAGGGAUUCCCUCGCGGUGAAGGAUUGAAUAGCAAACUUCUGCUCCAUCUUCGAAUCUGUACAUACCUCUGUCCUGAAGCAGCUUGAUUCUUGGGUGUAAUUCAACAAACCAUGGAAGCGGUUCACAUCUACACCCCCCGUCACCUCCUACGAAGCUCUCCAGCCAGGGUUGCGUUCUUUUAGACAGAGAACUCCCUGUUCGUGCACUUGCAUUUCUCAUCCCUUUAUUUAUUCAUUCAUCUGGGGUUCUCCUUCCCUGAUCCUGAAAUAUCAGGAGGGCAAAUAUUUUUUUCUCCCUCCCUCCCCCCAAAUACUCCUGAGGCUAAACUGACCAAAAUUGGUUUGCCCAGUUUUCACCACUCCUGAAAAUCCACUUCCAAAGGCUGUGGAGCUUGAGUAGUCAAGGUGUCUUGCUCUUUGGUC